AUGAAUCUUUCCAACUUGACUCCCGAUCUCAAGUUGAAACUUCUUUCCAUGCUCUCAUCAGCAUCCUCUUCAUCCUCUGCAACCUCUUCCUCCUCUGCAACCUCUUCAUCCUCCUCAUCCCACCAUACAUGCUCGAGCUUAUCUUUACCACCACACCACACCAUCAUUUCAAAGCAAGACAAAAAAUUCAUUCUCUCCGUGAUCGAUACGAUUCAAGAGCAAGGCUAUUUCAUCAAAGAUGAAUUUCAAUCCAAUGACUUGACACAACAAACAAAAGAUCAAAUCAUUGAAAUGAAAUCAUCACUUCACCAAGCAGGAAUGGGAGAAGAAGGUUCUACCAAAUAUAUCAACCCAGAACUUCGAGGUGAUUUAUUCAAAUGGAUUUCUGAACAACAAGUUGAAGAAAAUACCCCACUCAGAAAAACUCUAACCAAUUUGAAUAGAAUUCGCCAUGUUUUAAAUUACGUAUUUAAUUUACAAUUAGAUAGAAAUAGUAUUCAAAUAGCAUUCUAUUCCAAUGGUGCUCGAUAUAUUAGACAUGCAGAUGCAACACCAUUACAAUCACCAGAUCGUCGAUUAACUUUUUUAUUAUAUUUUAAUGAUGAAUCAAGUAUUGAUGGUGGUUCUUUACAAUUGUACAGAAAGGAACGAUCCUUUGACAAUGAAUACAGAACACCAUAUGAAUAUCAACUCAAAGAAAAUUCCGAUAAUCAAGUCAUAGUGAAACCUUUAUUUAAUCGAUUGCUAGCAUUUUCAUCGGAACAUUACCAUGAAGUUUUACCAUCACUGAGUGAUCGAUUUUCAUUGACCAUGUGGAUGUAUGGUCAUGUGGAUGUGUGGCAACGAAUUAGAGAAUAUACUCGAUCUAAAAUAUUUGUUUCUAUUUGUUCUUAUAGAGACAGUGAAUUACAACAUACCAUCAAGGACAUGUUCGAAAAAGCAUACUAUCCAGAUCGAUUGAGAGUUGGAAUUUGUCUACAAGUUCAUGAAAGUGACUCGAUUAACGAUAAAUUUGAUUAUAGAAAUCAGUCGUACUCACAUCAAAUUAAGGAGAUUAUCAUGAACUACAAGUCAUCUAAAGGACCAUGUUAUGCACGAUUUUUGAUUCAGAAAUAUUUAUAUCAACAAGAAGAGUAUUAUCUUCAAAUCGAUUCACACAUGAGAUUUGAUGAUGGUUGGGAUCUCACUCUCAUCAAACAAUUGCAUCAAUGUGAAGAAGAAGAAGAAUCGAGAAACAACCACACAACCCUCAAAAAAUCAAAGCUUGCCAAAUGUAUUCUGAGCACCUAUCCUGUUGGUUAUGAAUUACCAAACAAAAUUCCAGAACAUGCCAAACCAACAAUUAUGGUCGCCAAAUCUUUCACAAAGGAUGAUCAUGGAUUUGAAAUGUUACGACUUGGAGCUCGUGUAAUCAUGCAAAGUUUACACCAACCUGUAAAGAGCAUAUUUUUUGCUGCUGGAUUUGCUUUUUCACGUGGAAGACUUGUGUUGGAAUGUCCUUAUGAAGAGUUACCGUAUCUAUUCUUUGGUGAAGAAAUGUACAUGCUUGAGAAAUUCCAUUGCAAAUCCUAUCAAAUUUAUUCUCCAUGUGAACCAAUAAUCUAUCAUUUGUGGUCAAGAGAUCACAGAAAAACAUUGUGGCAAGACCAACAAGAAGAUUCCAAUCGAUUAACACUGUCAUGGAAAUCAUUUGUAGAGAAUCAUUUCAAACCAUUAACAAAAACAUCAGUGGUAUCUAUUGAUAGUGAUCUGUAUGAAACUAUCGAUGAUGUUGAGCAGAUUCAACUCAUCAAACAGCACUCACAAAACAUGGUUCAACUCAAGCUCAAAAUGAAUAAUAAUGAUCAACCAAUAAUAACGACUUGUGUUGAAUCCACUCAACAACAUGCACCUUCCUCCUUCUUUGAAUAUUGUGGAAUUGACUUUACUCAACGAAUUAUUGAAGAGAAGGCACAACGAGGAGGUUUAUCCCAACACUAUACCCUUAUUUGA